UCUUUCUUUUCUCACUCGUUCUUUUUUGAAUAUUAUAAUUCCACCACCUUUUUGCUUAUCAUACUUCUGUAUCAAUUGUAAAACAUGUCACCCUCUGCCAUUGCAACACCAAGCGUUUCUCAACCUGGGGGAUGGGACACAGUGCCCGCCAGCGAGGUGUCCCGCCGCACAUUCAAUCCCAUCCGUGAUGUACUCAGCCGGCCCGUGCAGCCGCUUUCAACGCCAAAGAGCACCGAGGAAAUCAUCAGCCUUUCGAUUGGUACGCAUUCAGAGCCUAACGAUGUGUUUGUCUGCUCGCUAUACUCGCAGGUUUACAGCGAUUCAAUUGCUAAUCAAGUAGUCGCAUACAGAUGAGUGAACUUGAGGUGUCACAUACUUUUUCCGGAUAUACUCAAAGUAGCAUGCUUAAUUCUUUAUUUAAUUUAUGUUUGUGGAAUUUAUAGGCGACCCCACGGUGUUCGGAAACUUCAAGACCCACCCCGUUGUGGUCGAGGCCGUCGAGGAGGCCAUUAGAAGCUACGCCUUCAACGGCUACCCGCCCUCAGUCGGUAAGUCUCGAGCCCGCGAAGCCAUUGCAAAGAAAUACUCCCACCCUCAGGCACCAUUGACCGCUGAUGAUGUUGUAAUGGCCAGCGGUUGCUCAGGUGCCGUGGAGAUGGCAAUCAGCGUACUAUGCAAUGAGGGGCAGAACAUUCUGCUCCCACGCCCUGGAUUCUGCUUGUACAACACUGUCGCUGGAUCGCGCAAUGUCGAGACGCGACUGUACAACUUGCUGGCAGAGAAAAACUGGGAGGCCGACAUUGACCACAUGGAGUCAUUGAUUGACCAGAACACCGCGGCCAUCCUGAUCAAUAACCCGUCCAAUCCCUGCGGAUCCAACUUUACCAAGACGCACCUCAAGGCCAUCCUAGACCUCUGCGAGCGCCACAAGAUCCCACUCAUCUCUGACGAAAUUUACGCCGAUAUGGUGUUCAGCGGCCAAGUCUUUACGUCGACGGCAACACUGACGUCUACAGUGCCGAUUCUCACGCUGAGCGGCCUCGCGAAGCAAUGGCUUGUCCCCGGCUGGCGCAUCGGCUGGAUUCUGAUCAACGACCGCAACAAUGUAUUUGAGAACGUCCGCCAUGGGCUCUUUGCGCUCUCAACCCUGAUUAAUGGCCCGUGCGCUCCCCUACAGGCAGCAAUUCCCAAGAUAUUUGCCGAGGUGCCCGACACCUAUCUGCUCACUGUGAACAAGCAGCUUGAGACCAAUGCGCGCAUUGUCGAAUCCGAGCUUAACAAGGUUGCUGGUCUAGAUGUGAUCACGCCGCAGGGCGCCAUGUACAUAAUGGUCAAACUCAACCUUGAAACCUUUGCCGACAUUUCGAGCGAUGCCGAUUUCUAUCACAAGCUUAAGUGGGAGGAGAGCGUCGAGGUUCUCCCUGGAGAGUGUUUUGCCUACCCGGGUACCAUUCGACUGGUUAUCACUCCUCCGCAGGACAAGUUGCGCAUCGCCACAGCGCGUAUCGCUGCCUUCUGUGAGCGUCACCGCAAAUAG